ACUAGUCGCGGUAAGUUUCAGAGCCGGACAGGGACAGGAACAGGAAGCUCAUGGCUGAGUAUUCACUCCGUUAUGGAUUGAGCAUCUACAUUAAACUGGUCCUGUUUUCAGUAAAAGGCGGUCAGACGGAGCGCGAGCUGAUGCGCUGACCCGCAGCGGGUUAUUCUCCGUGGUGCGGAUCCCGAUCCCGUCUUCUGACUCGGGCCAGGAGAAGACAUCAGGUGCGUGUGUCAGCUGGGCUGAGUGUAUAGAAGUGUGUGGGAGAAGGAUGGGGAGGAGGAGGAUGGUGCGCUCGGGCUUCAUCCCGCUCCUCUGGAUCUUCAGAAUCAGCAUCAGCUCGCACGCGGCUCCUUCAUCCGCCCACAAAUGCAAUGAAGCACUAGCCACACCCCUUUCCCACAGUGCCUUCAGUGGUUCCUCUGUGUUCACCACCGGAUAUGCUCCUGGAUAUGCCAAACUGAACAGAAGAGGAGGUGCUGGAGGCUGGUCACCUCUGGACACUGAUCAUUAUCCAUGGCUGCAGGUGGACCUGGGCAGCAGGAAGCAGGUGACUGCCAUUGCCACCCAGGGCCGAUACAGCAGCUCGGACUGGACCACACACUACCGGCUACAUUACAGUGAUCUGGGCAGGAACUGGAAACCCUACCAUCAGGAUGGAAACAUCUGGGUGUUUACAGGAAACUCCAACACAGAGAGUGUAGUGCGUCACGAUCUUCAGCACAGCAUCGUGGCCCGAUAUCUACGCUUCAUCCCUCUGGGCUGGAGUGAAGAGGGUCAGAUAGGGCUACGGAUAGAAAUCUAUGGCUGCUCAUAUUGGGCCGAUGUGAUUCACUUUGAUGGCCAAGGCGUAAUCUCCUACCGAUUCAAGAUGAAGAAGAUGAAGAUCCUGAAGGAUGUGAUAGCACUGAAAUUUAAGACAGGCGAAAGUGAUGGGGUGAUCUUACACGGCGAGGGUCAGCAGGGCGAUUACAUCACACUGGAGCUGAGGAAAGGAAGACUGCUGCUCCAGAUAAACCUUGGCAGCAACCAGUAUGGUUCCAUCCUGGGUCACACGGCGGUGAGCAGUGGCAGCUUGCUGGAUGAUCAUCACUGGCACUCAGUUGUGAUUGAGCGCUAUCGGAGAAAUGUCAACUUCACCCUGGAUCAGCAUACUCGGCACUUUCGUACCAAUGGCGAGUUUGAUCACCUCGACCUUGACUACGAGUUGAGCUUUGGAGGAAUCCCCUUCUCAGGUAAGCCUAUUUCAGGAGGCCGGAGAAAUUUUAUAGGCUGCAUGGAGAGCAUCAACUACAACGGAGAAAAUAUCACUGACCUGGCCAGAAGAAAGAAACUGGAUACCUCUAGCUUUCGCAACCUGACAUUUUCCUGCAUGGACUCUCACACCUUCCCAGUAUUCUUCAAUGCCACAAGUUUCCUGCAGUUACCAGGCAGAAGGGAGCACAACAUGGUGUCUGUAAGCUUCCAGUUUCGCACUUGGAAUGCUAAGGGCCUGCUGUUGUUCAGCGCACUGGCUGAUGGCAUGUUCGAGCUUGUACUGAAAGAUGGAAAAGUCAUGGUGCACAUCAGUGUCCUGCAGCUGAAAAGCUCACACAUUGACAUGGUAUCAGGGUCAGGGCUGAACGAUGGAGAAUGGCAUGAUGUUCGUUUCUUGGCCAAAGAGAACUUUGCCAUGCUCACCAUAGAUGGAGAUGAAUCCUCAGCUGUGAGGUCCAAUGCAGUCAUUCACAUUACCACUGGAGGAAUGUAUCAUUUUGGAGGUUAUUUCCUUCGGACACUUGCGUCUCCUUCACAGCGCUCAUUUCAGGGAUGCAUGCAACUCAUCCAGGUGGACGAUCAACUAGCCGACAUAUCUGAAGUGGAGCGUGGCACGAUCGGCGCUUUUGAGAAUGUCAGUCUGGAUAUGUGUGCCAUUAUAGACAGAUGUUUGCCCAAUCACUGCGAACAUGGAGGAAGGUGCACUCAGACCUGGGAUACCUUCAGCUGCUCCUGUGAUGGCAUCGGGUACACCGGAGCUACCUGUCACUCCUCUAUCUAUGAGCAGUCGUGUGAGGCUUAUAAGCACAUUGGGAACACGUCAGACAUCUACUGGAUCGAUCCAGAUGGCAGUGGACCUCUAGGACCAUUCAGAGUCAUCUGCAACAUGACAGAGGACAAGGUGUGGACGAUGGUGGUGAACAGUCUGCCGGCUCAGACAACUGUAUCGGGUUCGAGCAGGGAGAGACGCACAGUGCUGCAUCUAAACUAUAGUGCCACCACAGAGCAGAUCAGAGCCAUCACAGAUGCUGCAGAACACUGCGAGCAGUACAUCGCCUACAUCUGCCGCUCCUCACGUCUGCUCAACACACCCGACGGAAGUCCCUACACAUGGUGGGUUGGCAGAGGUAACGAAAAGCACUUCUACUGGGGUGGUUCGGCACCAGGAAUCAAGAAAUGCGCCUGUGGAAUCGAACGCAAUUGCACAGACUCCAAAUUCCACUGUAACUGUGAUGCUGAUCACAAACAGUGGCGAGAGGACUCGGGGCUUCUGGUAUAUAAGGACCACUUACCUGUGAGUCAGGUGGCUGUAGGGGAUACAAAUCGAGUCGGAUCAGAGGCCAAGCUCACUGUGGGAGCUCUGCAAUGUUAUGGAGACCGUAGUUAUUGGAAUGCAGCUUCCUUCACCGCACCGUCCUCCUACCUGCAUUUUUCCACUUUCCAAGCGGAAAUGAGUGCCGAUAUUUCCUUCUACUUCAAGACCUCUGCACCUCAUGGAGUUUUCCUGGAGAACUUGGGCAACACAGAUUUUAUCCGCCUGGAGCUAAAAUCACCAACUGUGGUUUCCUUCUCCUUUGAUGUGGGAAAUGGGCCGGUGGAGCUGAAGGUCCACUCACCACUGCCGCUAAACGAUGACCAAUGGCAUCACAUCAGCGCAGAGAGGAAUAUUAAAGAGGCUGUGCUGCAACUCGGUCAGCAAUACAGGGUAGUUCAAGCUGCGCCUGCACAGGGACACACACGCCUGGAGCUUUACAGCCAGUUGUAUGUGGGUGCGGCAGGAGGGCAGAGGGGCUUCCUCGGAUGUAUCCGCUCCCUAAAGAUGAACGGCGUCACCCUUGACCUGGAGGAUAGAGCAAAGGUCACCCCUGGAGUCAAACCCGGAUGUUCAGGUCAUUGCACUAGUUUCGGGAUGUACUGUCGCAAUGGAGGAAAGUGUGUGGAGAAAUACAAUGGCUACUCAUGUGACUGCAGUGGUACAGCUUAUGAAGGACCCUUCUGUACUAAAGAUGUGGGCGCUUUCUUCGAAGCAGGAACUCUGGUACGCUAUAACCUUGUGCCCAAGUCGAUGGCUGCUACAUCCAGCAUGGAAAGGAAGGAUUUCAGCCAAUCGCAGCUGAACCUGACCCAAGAAGUUGUGACCUUCAGCUUCAGCACAUCCAGCACGCCCAGCAUCAUCCUGUACAUCAGCUCGAGGAGCCGUGACUACAUGGCAGUGGUAUUGCAGCACAACGGUACCCUGCAGCUGCGUUAUAACCUCGGAGGUCUGCAUGAGCCCUUCGCCAUUGAUCUUGACCAACGCAAUUUAGCCAACGGACAGCCACAUAAUGUCAACCUAACUCGGACAGAGCGAGAAAUAAACGUCCAGUUGGAUCAUUAUCCUUCAGUCAGCUAUACCCUGCCUAAAGCAUCUGAUACUCAGUUCACCCUGGUCAAAACCCUCUUCCUAGGAAAGGUCUAUGAAACUGGUCCCAUUGACCCAGUGCUGAUAGAAAAGUAUAACACUCCUGGCUUUGUAGGCUGCCUAUCCCGAGUGCAGUUUAACAGCAUCUCUCCUCUGAAAGCAGCUCUUCGCUCACAGCUCUCUCUGCCAGUGUCACACCAAGGCAAACUGUCCGAGUCCAACUGUGGCUCAUCACCCCUCACCAUCUCACCGAUGUCAGCCUCCACUGACCCCUGGCACUUGGAUGGAGGUGCUGACCUGUUCAAUGAAGAGAUAGUCAUACCAGAUGGGGUGAACAGGAAUUCAGCAGUAAUCGGAGGCAUCAUUGCAGUGGUCAUCUUCACCAUCCUGUGCAUUCUGUUGUUCCUGAUACGCUACAUGUUCCGACACAAGGGAACAUACCACACCAACGAGUCCAAAGAAGUCAAACGCUCUGAAUCAGCUGACACAGCCAUCAUCACCUCUGAGCCCAACUUCACAGAGACCAUUGAUGAAAACAAGAAGGAGUGGUUUAUCUAAGACAUGUUAGCUGGGGAGCGUACACACACUCUCAGUAAGCAACAAGAAAGUGGGAGGAGUCUCAGAACUGAGUUGAGAAGCUGAACUGUAUGCACUGGAUGGCUGGUCUCUGUCGUGGUUGGAUGAUUGAGGAGUGCUUUACAUAUUAAUUGUAAAUUGUGUGAACAAAACAAGACACUGAUUCGCCAUUUUGUUUUUUGUUUGGUUCUUAUUCAUAUAAAUCAUUUUUAUUACUUCCAUUUUUACCCCUUAAACAGUUUUUUCGUAAAUGCCUCAAUGUGUGGCAGUCAGGGGUGCUGGGAGAACUCCCCGACUGUUAAUGUGAUUACAGCAAACUAACUCUUUUGCCUUCAUGAACGUGGCCUUCUACAGCUGACCCUCACAAACUCUAAAUUAUGUCACAAUCAGGUCUACUAAAUUACUAGAUAUAUUUGCAGCAAAUUAUGGGGUUAAAUCGGCCUCCAUCACCGAAAGUUCAAGUACAGCCCGAUUUGCCUGGAAUUGUUCAGUAACGAGUCUUGUAGUUUCGGGUGGCAAAGAUGAUCAAAUUCAUAGCUUUGUUUUGCUGGAAGCAUAGUGUAGACAGGUAGAAUAGACUGGUAACACCGGCGAAAAGAAUAAAGAACAAAGGCGGCAUCAGGGAGCCAAAAAUCUAAACCAGAGAAGCAUUCAAGGAGGAUGCAGAGAAAAGUCAAAGAUUAUCAAAUAGCUCAAAACAUUUCGAUCAGGUAUGCAGUGCAAAAUACUAUCAGGAGGAACAUAGAACUUAGCUGACAUUCAUUCGCAACAUGUUCAUUGCCAUGAUUAUGUCACAUUUUACAUACAACUUUUCCAGUUUUAAUUCUAUCAGUAGCAUCCGCUUGGUUGUCACAUCAUAGCAAAUACAUAAUGGCAGGGAAGCAAAAAAAAAAAACAGGUUUUAAAACUCCAAAUUAGAACAAACAAUUUCAAUCUAAUAGGCACAUCUUUUCUGGCACAUUAACUAUUAGAUAGUAAUGAUGUCUAUUAACAUGUUUAGAAAUAACCUGCCCUAUGGAAUGACAGGCUGCUGUCUAAUAUAAACUGAUCUAUAAGCUGACAGAACCUAAUGGCAGUUGUUAUUGUUCUUUCGGCUGCUCCCGGUUGUCUGAAUAUUGGUCUGCAAAUUUGAUUUGGCACAGGUUUUACGCCGGAUGCCCUUCAUGACACAACCCUCCCAUUUCAUCCGGGCUUGGGACUGGCACUGAGUGCAACCCAAUGGCUGGGUUGGUUCCCUGCCCAGGAAUCGAUCCCGGGCCGCGGAGUAGGGCUAAAACAUUAAGUGUUAAUCACUUGGCUCACUGCUCUCCUAUAACCAAAGACGGAAAUAGGUGCAGCCAAAGGUUGAAUACGUGAUUUAAUUUAUGAUUUAUAUAUCUGACUUCGUUUAAAUAGUUAUCUGACUCCAAAAGAUAGAUCUUCUAGUUAGUGCUGGAAGUAGAAUACCUCAGUGUUCCGAUUAUAUUUAGUCUAAAGCAGUUUCAUGCUAAGCUUUCAUUAUAAAAAGACAUUCCUACGUCAGAGGCUUUUAUAUAACCUGUAAUAAACAAUAAAUUUUGUUAGCUCAGAGGUUUAUAUCGACGUGCAAGCCUAGGCCUUUCCUAUUUACUUGUCAGAGGUCGAUUUUAACGUGUCUAACAUACUACUAUAUGUUAUAUAAUAACCAUAUAAAUACGGUCACGCACAUUUAAUGCAACAUACUUCCUUACAAAAGAACCACUGUAUACUUAGAGAUGGAUAUAACGAAUGGGUUUAUUGUACAAACACAAAUGAACGAUAUACAGAAAACAGAAACAAAGAAAACUUACAAAGUUGAUGGUCAGCGUCAUGGACAUAGGAUGAGUGAUGCUAAUAGUAUUAAUGGCAUAAAGGCAGCCUCUAAUGUUAUAAGCCCCUUCCUUGAUGUUACGAGCCCCUCUCUAUGUUACAAGCCCACCUUUCUUAUAUACCCCUGAGCCUCUUUGAAAUGUAUAGUGACCAAGACACCAAAUGGGAAUGAACCGAUGUGUUUCAUGGCAGGAUGGAACCCAGCUGCUUAGGAACCAUAUGUUAAUUAAGUUCCUGAGAAUGGGUCGGUGGGAUCAAAAGGAAAAAUAUCCCCUAAUGCAUACCAGGGGUGCCCGCGUGUCUGUCUGUCUAUCUGUGUGUGGAGAAAGAGCACGUAUUACAACAUAUAUUGUAAAUGUUGUUUCCUACCGUGCAUCCGGAAAGUAUUCACAGCGCUUCACUUUUUCCACAUUUUAUGAUGUUACAGCCUUAUUCCAAAAUGGAUUCAAUUCAUUAUUCUCCUCAAAAUUCUACAAACAACACCCCAUAAUGACAACGUGAAAGAAGUUUGUUUGAAAUCUUUGCAAAUUUAUUAAAAAUAAAAAACAAAAAAGCACAUACUAUUGCUUAUAGAAUUUUGAGGAAAAUAAUUAAUUUAAUCCAUGUUAAUGAAGACGGUUGUUAUUUUGCCUGUCACAGACCUUUGCGCGGCCCGGGGCUAAUGCAUCCCUUGGGGCCCCAAUUAUUUGCCAGUUAUAUUCCAUCAACUGCUAAAUCAAAUGUGCAAUCAAAGAACCGUAAAGACUAAAGGCACAUCGUACUCCGUAAACAACAAAUAUGCCAAAAUGCUCAAACAGUUAGCGCAUAGUGAACACUUGCAUUAAAUUUGUUGAUCAAAUAAAAAUAAAGAGAAAUACAGAGAGCAUAUCAUCAACCCAUAUAGGCUAAAAAUAAUCCACAUAAAUUAAACAAUGGUAUCGAGUAAUAAUUUUACAAAUCAGAAACAGCCCAGCAAAUAAAAUUAAUUAAAUCUCACUCAGCACUUAAAGGACUUCUUCCUGCUUCUCCUCAAAGAGAAUACCUCGAUUAAAUAGUUAAAAUCAAGUUGGCGCAGAAUGUUGUACUCACUUGACAUCACUGGCAAACAGUCCAGCCUUUGUCCAUGCAUUGAUGUCCUCAGUCUAUUUUUUAUAAGCGCCAAUUUUGAACCCCCUGAUUCAGAAGUGUUUGCCGAAGGAGGGGGCAUAUCAUCAUCCAGGUGGAUGCUACACACUGGUGUUGGUUGAGAAGAUAACCCCCUAUACAAUGUAAAGCGCUUUGAGUGCCUAGAAAAGAAAAGAAUUUCACGGUGCUGUAAUGUACAAGUGACAAAAAAAAAAGGCUUUUAUUUUCUUAAGACUGAAAUUAAAAAUGAAGAUUCUUAAGACUCCAGUAGAUUACUGAAUAGACUAUAAUUGUGACAACAUAACUACACAAACAAACGAUUAAGUAUAAUCGAUUGAGUAUAAAAUGACAGUUGUAUUUCUUGAGUUUCUCAUUUCAGGAAUGUUCACAAUAGGUAGCGCUGGCUGUGGACUUUGCCACGGGAUUUUGCUACUGAAAGAUCUUACGCAUGGCCUGGGAGGCUGUCUUGUUGGCCUCAGACAGGAACAUCUUGGGGGGUCUUGGGGGGUCGUCGCGUCAAUCUCUAGCAGGGGCUUUGCAGGUGAGACUGCCUCUUGGGUCUUAGACUGGAGCUAUGGAGUUGAGGUCACCACACUGAACUCCGGCUGGAGCUCCGCAGGGGAAACCGCCUCGUAGGUCUCAGGCUAGAGCUCUGGAGAUACGGUCACCACUUUGACCUCUGGCUAGAGCUCGGCAGGGGAGACAACCUCGUGGGUCUCCGGCUGGAGCUAUGGAGUCGAGGUCGCCACGUUGACCUGUGGCUGGAGCUCGGCAGGGAAGACCACCUAGUGAACCUCAGGCAGGAGAUCUGGAGAGGAAACCACCUUGUAGUAGGUGGUGAACGGCUUUGCAGGUUUGUUCAUCGAAAAAAUCAUCCAGGUUGGGGGUUGUACUCAAGACUCCCAAACUCCUUUAUCAAUAGUCACAUAAACUCAGCUACGUUGUUAAGUCCAUUGGAUUCUGUACUGGCCAGACGCUCUGCCCAGUGGUGGGCUUGGUCAACAAGCUGGGACAGUAUGAUCGCCAGCCACUGUCUCUGGUCAGGCUUGGGGUGCGCCAGGCUCAAAAAAUAUUAUUGGCAGUCAAACAGAAAAUACUCAGGGUAGCCAAAAAAUCUAUUGAAAAGGCUCUGGGGGACAUAUUAGUCUGGGCAACAGUAAUAAGUCUCAGCUUAUAUUAUAAACUCAAUUUCCCUUAAUCAAGAUUUUCAUCUAUAUUGCCUUUUUUCCCCAAACCGACUUUUAUGACAAGCGCCUCAGUUCGGCUGAGCGAUUGACAUGUUGGAAUCUUACUGUAGUUAGUUGGCUAGUUAACUUUUGCUCACACGGACGGUUUCCCAAAGAGAGACAGUUGAGGAGGCAAAGGGAAGUAGCUGUAAGAAGGGAAGGCGUUUCUGCAAGUGAGUCCCUCAUGCUAUGCAGUGAGCACUUCAAGCCAGAGGACUUUGAAAGGACAGGUCAGACUGUCAGGAUUAAAGAUGGAGAUAAACCAUCUGUCUUCAGUUUCCCCACUUAUCUUCAAACAGCAGGUGUAUCGAUAGGCUAUAAUGAAUUAAUAGUAUGUCAUCAAAUCGUGGCUCGUUAUUAUUAUUAUUAUUAUCAUUAUUAUUAUUAUUAUUAGCUAUUACAAAUGUAUUAUUAUUAUUAUUAUUAUUAUUAUCAUCAUCAUCAUCAUCAUCAUCACAUAAAUGUUUUUACCACUGUACCUGUAAAUGUUUUUUCCGGAUCCAUAAAUGGUUAUCUUACAAUUAUCUUUGUAACUGUCUGUUUUGGAGUAUAUC